AUGGGCAUUGUGUACAAGGCCAUAUCUGAGAACAACUGGUCGGCCGUGAAAGCAUUCAUUGAUCGCCAUCCUCAGGUACUGAACGUAGAUUUUGCAACUUCAAUGGGCGGAACACCUCUUCAUGUGGCAGCAAAGUUUGGGCAUCUACGCAUAGUAGAGGAGCUGGUGGCAUUAGUUGCACAGGAAUAUCUUGUAAUACGCGAUGCUUCUGGUUUUACUCCUCUUGCCAUAGCUGCAUCGCAUGGCGGCGCCAUCCCAGUUGCAAGAUGCUUGGUCAACAAAAAUAGCAUUGCACUCACAAUUCCAGCUCAAGGGAAUUGGACCAUUCCUGUUUCCUUGGCUUUUAUUUCUGGCCACAAGCUAAUGGGACGUUAUCUCUAUUCUGUCACUCAACUAUUGCAAGUCUUCAGACCAGAAAACGGCCAAGUGGGUCCUACGUUCCUCCAUAUCUGUUUGAGAAUUGGACAAUAUGAUAUUGCCUUGCAUUUGCUCCAACGAUGCACGGAGCUGCUUUUUGCUGCUGACUCAUACGGGGUCCCAACAAUUGAGCGUAUUGCAUUCUAUGUUCCUGAAUAUUCUCUUAACAAAAGUCAACUUCCUCUGGAAGCGAUGGGCCUAUCGCUUUAUUUAUUGCAUUAUUAUUUGAAGAAGCUUAUGUUUUCCCAUUUCUUUGAUCACUUUUGGGUGGAAGAUAUUAAAACACCAUCAACCACAAUGACUGGGCAUUUCUGCAUAGAUAUUCAAGAAGGCGAGAGCAACCAAGCUGGUCAAGGAAUAAUGAAGGAAAUAUACGAGAUGAAGCUGCAGUAUGCACAAGCAGCUGAAAUUCUAAAACUAGUUUGUGAGAAUCUGAUGUUUUUGAAUGAAGCGAAGAGGCGUAUUAAUGGAGGAGCAAUGAUUGAAGCAGCAAAAGCAGCGGAGUUUUUGUUGAGAGUGACGAAGGCAAACCCAAAAUUAAUCUCGCAAGUCACUUUUGGUCACUCAACAUACUUGGCCUUUUUCUUCGUGGCUGUCGAAUGUCGUAAAGCUAAGAUUUUCAACCUCCUCCGAAGUUUUUGUUUUAAGAACAUGGCGGCAGCAAUGAUAGCAAAUGACACAAAAAAUCACUUGCUGCCCGCGGAAGCCUUGUUGGCUCCUUCUUCCUACCUUAACCGCAUCUCUGGUGCCGCCUUACAAAUGCAAAGAGAAGUGCAAUGUUUAAGCUAUGACAGUUCCCGGAGGGAACAAUCAGGAUUCAGGGUACCCAAUGUUUAUGAAGGAAAAGUUAUUUAA